GUAUGUUUUGGUUACUAAAUUUGUUACUCGUGCUAGUAUCUAGCGGCAACGCCGCUAGUAACCACAAAGUGGUCCUGAAAAGUCAACUGCGAGCCAAGAUUGAGUGUAAACAAUAUCUCCAAUACGUCGGGGGUGCCUGCGAAGAACGCUGGUGCUUCGUGCCUGGAAUGAAUGGGUCUGCCAUUGUCACGACAUUAUCCACCUUGUAAUGUAAACGAUAAGAGUGUGGCUCGAGUGAACAACUGUCUACAGUGCAAUCUACGUGAUAUUCCGCAGUGCGAUACAUGCGUUCGAGCCUGUACAUCACUGAAUUGCUUCGACCGCAGCUACGGAAGUGCACUCCCAUCACCACAGCUAGUGCCUCUUCCGGACUUAUUGCACCUAAAUGUGAUCAGACAGUGUGCCCAAAUGCUGCAGAUAUCUCCCCGAGAAUUGCAGGUAUACGGAUCGUCGGAAUUUUUGUUGAAUCAAAAGCCAGCUGCCUGAUGCGAUGCAUUAUGAUUCGAGAAGGAUUGUACGACGAUGUUCGCGGUCCAAACAAUGAUCGGUUAUACGUGCAGUGCGGUGGUUACGGAACAUCUGAGGAAGACUUCAAACGGGACAGUCAACAGUGUGUCAACCGAUUGAGGACUACUUGCACGGAUAACUGCACCCUACUGGCACGAAUCACCAAGGAGUGUUAUCCACCAGGUUCCGGCCUUUUGGGUACACUCACUGGUCUUUUUGGCUAAUUGGGACUUCCAAUCCCUGGUGUGAUUUGAAGACAUUAACGGUUGUCUAAUCAUGGAAAAAUGAGAA